CUAUCCUGUGGCCAUACGUAGGUACAAUCCUGUGGCUAUACGUAGGUUCAAUCCUGUGACUAUUCGUAGGUACAAUCCUGUGGCUAUACGUAGGUACAAGCCUGUGGUUAUACGUAGGUACAAUCCUGUGGCUAUACGUAGGUACAAUCCUGUGGCUAUACGUAGGUACAAUCUUGUGGCUAUACGUAGGUACCAUCCUGUGGCUAUACGUAGGUACAAUCCUGUGGAUAUACGUAGGUACAAUCCUGUGGCUAUACGUAGGUACAAUCCUGUGGCUAUACGUAGGUACCAUCCUGUGGCUAUACGUAGGUACAAUCUUGUGGCUAUACGUAGGUACCAUCCUGUGGCUAUACGUAGGUAGAAUCCUGUGGCUAUACGUAGGUAGAAUCCUGUGGCUAUACGUAGGUACAAUCCUGUGGCUAUACGUAGGUAGAAUCCUGUGGCUAUGCGUAGGUACAAUCCUGUGGCUAUACGUAGGUACAAUCCUGUGACUAUACGUAGGUACAAUCCUGUGGCUAUACGUAGGUACCAUCCUGUGGCUAUACGUAGGUACAAUCAUGUGGCUAUACGUAGGUACAAUCCUGUGGCUAUACGUAGGUACCAUCCUGUGGCUAUACGUAGGAACCAUCCUGUGGCUAUACGUAGGUACAAUCCUGUGGCUAUACGUAGAUACAAUCCUGUGGCAAUAAUUAGGUACUUUCCUGUGGCCAUACGUAGGUACAAUCCUGUGGCUAUACGUAGGUACAAUCCUGUGGCUAUACGUAGGUACAAUCCUGUGGCUAUACGUAGGUACAAUCCUGUGGCUAUACGUAGGUACAAUCCCGUGGCAAUAAUUAGGUACUAUCCUGUGGCCAUACGUAGGUACAAUCCUGUGGCAAUAAUUAGGUACUAUCCUGUGGCAGUAAGUAGGUACACACCUGUGGCAGUAAAUAGGUACAAUCCUGUGGCAGUAAGAAGGUACAAACCUGUUGCAGUAAGUAGGUACAAUCCUGUGGAAAUAAGUAGGUACUAUCUUGUAGCAAUAACAAGGUACAAACUUGUGACAGUAAGUAGGUACAAACCUGUGGUAAUAUGUAGGUGCAAUCCUGUGGCAAUAAGUAGGUACAAUCUUGUGGCAAAUAGAAGGUACACUUAUGGCUGUAAGAAGGUACAACCAUGAGGCAGUAAGUAGGUUCAAUCCUGUCAGGCUGUGGUAGGAAUAAGGUACAAUUAUGUGGCAGUAAGUAGGUACAACCCUGUGGCAGCAAGAGGGUACAAAUCCAGUGGCAAUAAGUAAGUACAAAUCAGUGGCAAUAAGUUGGUACAUACCAGUGGCAAUAAGUAGGUACAAACCUGUGACAAUACGUAGGUAAAUCUUUUGGCAAUCCUGUUGCAUUAAAUAGGUAAAAUAUUGUGGCAAUAAGAAGGUACAAUCCUAUUCCAAUAAGUAGGUACACUCCUUUGCCAAUAAGUAUGUACAAUCCUGUGACUACAUUUUAUUUUAACGUUAUUGCUAUGCAAGAUU